AUGAAUCAGCCUUUUCUGAAACCUCUCGAAAAUUUGAAACGUAUUCGAGCAGAUCCUUACACAGCAACACGAGAGGUGUCAGCGCUGCAGCGUAAGGUGGAGAUCCCCGCUAUUCAACAAUUCGAACAUGAUGUGAUCCAAAACUGCCUCAAAUACGUGUAUCUCGGUUGCGGAGUGUUCACAGCGGCGACGAUUCAGGCAAUGUGUUUUCUGACCGUUUGCGAGAAUCUGGUGAAUCAACUUAGAAGACAAUUCUUCAAGUCGAUUCUUCGCCAAGACAUCACAUGGUUCGACAAGAACAAUUCCGGAACUCUCGCCACAAAACUGUUCGAGUAA